GCCAAUGACAAACGGAUACCGUGACACGAACAUACCUUUCACGUUCAUCUCCUCGUCUAGUGUUCUGCUCAUCUGAUGUCUUAUGAAGCCGAAGCACCGACCGACUCGAGCCACGACUCCGAGCAUCGAAACAGCUGCAGGACAGGAACGGAGGCCUAGACGAGCGAACUGGAGGAGGAUCGAGGACGAUGCAAGUUGGGAGAAAAGGGAGAUCAGUGCGCAAAUGCCAGCAGGGAUACUCUUAUAGCGGUCCCUGGCCAGGAAUUUGAUCGCGACGCCUAACACAAGCGCUAUGUCGACUCAAGUGCAGCAGCAGGACUUUGACUAGCGGGGAAUAAGCAAGGCUCGCGGGCGGGCCCCCUACGAAUUCGAGAUGUAAUAUCGCAACACAGUGGUAUAUACACCCCCCUCCCUCCAUCGUGCUCCCCAACGUUCAGAGCACUUGACGCCACUGCUCGUACACAUUUCAUC